AUGGCUUACCCUUUCUGUCAGCAUUCAGAUUGGGGCACGUUGAUGGAGCCUUCGAAUACUUUGUUUGAACCAUUUUCAAGCAGAGAUAUUGGUUAUGACCCUUUCCAUGACUCUCUUUCUUUUGAUAUGAUCGACCACUCAAGUGAUCCACAGGAACCAGGUGAAGUGAUUGAAGCUAUGGAAGUGCUGAAAAGUAAGAAGUCUUACGUUGGGGUAAGGAAAAGACCGUGGGGAAGAUUUGCAGCGGAGAUCAGAGACAAAACGAGGAGAGGUAAGAGGGUUUGGCUAGGAACGUUUGAUAAUGCAGAAGAAGCUGCUUUGGCUUAUGAUCAAGCUGCAUUUGUCAUGAGAGGAUCAAGUGCAGUGAUGAAUUUUCCUGUCAAAAGGGUCAUUGAGUCUUUACAAGAGAUAAAUUAUUUUGGUUGCAGACAAGGGUGCUCUCCUGCGUUGAAACUCAAAGAGAUGCGACGAAAAUUAUCAUCAGAGGCUAAGGAAAGUAAAAGGAAACGGGAAUUGGAGGAACCCAGCGUUGUGGUGUUUCAGGACUUGGGAGCUCAAUAUCUGGAGACACUUCUUACCAUAUCAGAUCAAAGUGCAAGUGCAAGCUCUAGCUGCUGA